AUGGCGGAUGUGAAUCAAACUUUAAUGCAUUAUUUACUUCUUCGAAGGCAUUUGAUUUUACUUCAUGCAUGUAGAGUAAGAUCCAUGAAAACAAAGCGAAAACGACCAAGAUUUUGGAUGCAUAAACUGUACGAGGAAAGAAAUGAGAAAGGCGAGUACAAUUUGCUGGUUAAAGACUUGCGAUUAUUCGAUCAUGAAAUGCUUUUCAGAUAUUUCAGGAUGUUACCUGACACUUUUGAGACCUUGUUGGGGUAUAUUGCCCCGAUGAUAAGAAAGAAAGAGACGAAAAUGCGAGAACUAAUAAGUGUAGAUCAAAGACUUUUAGUCACUCUGCGAUAUUUGGCAACUGGGGAUGCUCAUACAACUAUCGCUGCCAAUUAUAGAAUGAGCUCAACGACUGUUGGUCGAAUUAUCUACGAAACAUGCAACGCACUUUGGGACAAACUAAAGGAAAUGGGUUUCAUGAAAACACCUUGCACUGAAAGUGACUGGAAAAAAGUAUCUAAAGAUUUUGAAGAUCGAUGGAACUUUCCUAAUAUGCUGGGAGUAAUUGAUGGAAAGCAUGUGCAGAUGUUUGCUCCUGCUGGACAGGCAUUGAGUUUUUAA